UUGAUUAAUUAUUUUCUCUUCCAGGCGGUGGACUACCCUUUUACAGAUUUUCUCUCUACCGUUUCCUUUUCCAUUUCCAUGACCAACCCCAUGUUUGGUUAUCUGUUUAGUAAGAAAUAAAGUGAUUUUCUUCUAUCUAAACCGAAACCAAUCUCCGCUCUCUCCAAGAUCAGAUGAAGAAUGAUGGCUUCAACAAAGAAAGCACCACAGCUGGUAGUGACCAGUGUGAUAAUUCGCUCUCACCUGAGCUCGACCUUGAAAAGCAGGGCAACCACCAAUUGUUGCCGCAACAGGGCAGUGAUUUAGCCGUAUCAGGGAAUUCUACCCUUGAGCCCAAUCCCACAAUUCUUACCAUUUUAGUUUCUAAUGCUGAGGUUCUUGCGGAACCUGCUAAGAAAGAAUUGCCCAGUGUGGAUUCUUCCAAAAAGGGGUACUUGUCGAGGACUGUAAGCUCUAAUGAACAGUGCAGAGUUUGUCAGCAAGAUAUGGAAGAAGUUCUUAUAGAUCUUGGAUGCAAAUGUAAAGGUGGUCUUGCGAAAGCCCACCGCUCAUGUAUAGAUACUUGGUUUCGUACAAGAGGAUCAAACAAAUGUGAGAUAUGCCAAGAGGUAGCUGUGAAUGUGUCACCUCCAGAAUCUCGGCCAAGUGCAAACAACUGGUUUUGGAGGAUUGACCCAUCCUUUAGAACACGAGAUCCUGAAAGGGGUUGUUUUAGUCCACUUUGGGUAGCAUUCUCAAUUCUUAUUGGUGGUCUCUUGUUGGAUGUGCUGAUAUCCAUUACGCUUGGUGUUUCUGCCCUGCCUGUUAACAUUAUAUUUGGUGUUAUUGUUGUGCUUGGACUUGGAACUGCACUUCGGCUAGCCCUGAAAUUCUGCUACGAGUGUAGUUUUAGGAGAGUAGUUGAAAGGGUGGAUGCUAAUGUGAAUCUCGGGUACCAUCCUGCUUUGUAGGUGAAUCUGUAUAGAACUCUUAAUUUAUUGUGUAUUGUAUAUAAAAUAUUCACCUUACCGUUUGUUUUGUUUGGGCACCAGUGUUUGAUUGCUGCUUAGCAUACUAUCAUUUGAUAACCCAUUAUGUCAGGGAACUUAAUUUUUUA